AUGGAUCCCCUCACGGCCAUCGGCCUUGCUGGCAACAUUCUUGCAUUUAUUGAUUUUUCCUACAAAGUCAUUUCUGGCGUCAACAAAGUUCUUUCCAGCCCAAGUGGAAUGACCUCAGAGAACGAAAGCUUAAGCAUUCUAGUUGUCGACUUGAAUCUUGUCACACAGAAACUGUCCACGGACAUCAUAGCUCAGACUGAGAACGAAAAGCAAUUGUGCGCCUUGGCGGGAAACUGCCAUAAGUUGUCAGAAGAGCUCAACCAAAUACUGGGAUAUUUGAAACUCGGGGACAAGCACUCAAAAUGGGACGGCCUGAGAGUGAAGUGGCGUAGUAUGCGGAAGGAGAAGGAAAUCGAUGCAAUCGAGAGGCGACUGAAUGGUUACCAGUCACAGAUCUUGAUUAGAUUGCAAGUCAUGUUCAGUCAACAUUCAGAUGCGCAGAACAGUUUCAUCAAUGACCAAUUGGAGGCGCUCCGCAGCGAGGGUGAAGCACUUCAGAGCCAGACAACCUCACAGUUGGACGAUUUGCACCAGACUAUUUUGGCACUAAUCCAGUCUCUCCAAAUUAAUCCUGCAGCUAAUAUGAUACAUGGACCGACGGAGACGUCUUUGGCUCAGCUGGGGGGAGUAUUGGAACGCCUCGUCUUCGACUCCAUGUAUGAACGCGAGAACUAUAUUGAAAACUCCGAGAGUGGAACUUUUGCAUGGAUGAUUGACGAAGAGUUUGAAUCGAUAGAUGAUCAGGGAGUUGCCCCUAUUCAACCGCAGGAUAAAAUAGACGACUCGGAGAUGGUUUCUCAGAGAUCUCAUCAUAAGAGGGUUAAGGAUCAGUUGGAGGUUUGGUCUGUUGAUCACACCUUGAUUUUUGUUCGAUUUUUCUUCUGGAAUUCAGGAGACAAGAAACAAAUGUCCCUCGAAGGUCUAUAUCGAAGUCUAUUGUUCGAAAUCUGCAGACAAUUGCCUAGUCUCAUCCCACGGCUGUUUCCAGAUACCUGGCGAAGCUCAAGCCUAGCGACUGCUCCAAUUCGGUUCGAAGAAGUCAAAGAAGCGUUUGGCCGCCUAAUCGAGGAAGCAAGCUCCUCUGAGAGUUAUUUUUGCUUCUUCAUUGAUGGGCUGGACGAGUUCGAAGGUGACGAAGUUGACCACUGGCAUUUAUGUCGAAGCCUUAAGUCUUGGACAUCCCAGACGGAGAACAUCAAGCUUUGUGUCAGCAGUCGACCUCAUGUUGCUUUCAUGGAAUCUUUGGCCAUGUUUGAAAAUGAUCCCAACUUCGAUCGAGUAAAGAAUACAUAUAGAGAUCUGGUAAUCAAAGUUGUUGACGCUGCCGACGGGGUGUUUCUGUGGGCGAGGCUGGCCGUGCGCUCCCUCUUGAAAAGUAUUGGAUAUCGUGCCACUGAGAAAGACUUGAAAAAGCAGAUUGAUUUGUUGCCAAAGGGUUUGGAUGAGCUCUUCAAUCAAAUACUCGAAUCUAUUGAUCCAAAUGAUUGCCAAAUGUCAGAUCAAUUAUUCCUCUUGGUGAUUCCCGAUUUCUAUCACUGGCGGCCACCUGUCCGAAUUGCGAUAGCAUAUUCAUGGCUCGAGGAGCUCGGAAACUCGGAAUUCCCCUACAACCUACCAUUGAGAGCAUGCACAGAGGCGGAGUUUAAUGAGCGACUUGAGCGUGUCUCGUGCUUGUUGGACCGGCUUUCCCAGGGCCUGUUAGAGAUGAAGCGUGUUCGCAGUUAUGGAGCAGAUGGAAACGAUUACUUUAGCUACGAGGUGGGAUUUCUUCACCGCAGUGUACGCGAGUAUAUUUCGAUUACCAGAGAAGCUCAAAUGUGUCAUCGUGUACCAGAAUUUGAUGCCUAUUCUGGAAUAUUCCGUUUACUACUUGCAUCAUUCAAAUUUGCGCCGCCUGCACUUCAUAAUGCCACGCAAAGAGAACGGAGGAAAUUCGAAGAGGACUGCACUAAGGAUCUUUUAAGACGCCUGAAGCAGCAGAACGCAACCUCCGGCCCGAAUCUGCUACUUAUCGCUGCUCUUUUCUCAAGACCAGAACUUGUGCAGCAGCUUCUUCACGAGGGAAGGAAUCCUGAAGAAUUGGUUUCCAUACAGGAGGAGCUGCAUGUAAUUGACUUGGACGCCGAGAUUCUUUUUCAAGCAACGUCAAUGCCAGCUCAUGAAAUUACACCAUCCGUGUGGUUGGUAUUCCUGUAUAGUAGCGUCGAGGAUAUUCUCUGGCUGCGCUGCGUUCCGGACCCGGAGGCCAAGGGUCGAUGCUUUGAGGAACUUUUACAACACAACGUCUCUCGCGAUGUCCUUUUUCUCGUCAGGCUAUAUCUGCCACACGACGAGAUAUUCAAGCAUGCGGAUGAGCAUAGUGAUCCGUGUGAAGAUAGGACAGAAUCAGAGGAGUUCUUCGUAUUUGAUCUUCUAGAAUAUCUAGAGGUGAUGAAUCCAGCCAACUUGAACGUCCUUCGAACAAGAUUCUUUUCCGAAACAUCCCAAAAACAUCAACGUGCAGUGACGCUUCAUCUCCGACCUCCCGUCAUUCAUCGGCGUGGUUCACUUUCCGAAAUCCUCACGAUACUGGACCCGCAUCAGAUUGCGAACACGCGAUAUCGUGGAAAAGAGGUGGCCUUCUGUCUUGAGAGUGUUAUUACUCCCUCUGAAAGAUUGGGCUGGCCAUUCGCCUAUCGGCUCAGUUAA